AGAAUGAGGUGUGUUGAGCCUCAGCCGGACUGAGAGCAGCUGUGUUGGGGUUUAAUCCUCUCCUGUGGACGAGUUACGACUUGAAGUGUCGGUUUUACAUCUACUGUUAUUUUUAUCUUUCGGUUUGUAGAAAGCCUCUGACGUCACUGAUCUGCUUAUUUGCCUAAUUAAUUGGCGCGUUUUAUUUAUGGACUUAUUGAUUUAAUUAUUUGAUUGACUUGAAAUCCGAUUUAAUUCCUGGAUAAUCCGACAUGGAGUGGAGAAGGAAGAGCUUCCCUGCGGACAGAACCGUGCUGUGUUUGUUUGAUGUGGAUGGAACCCUGACUCCACCAAGAGAGAAGAUCGACCCUCAACUGGAUGUGUUCUUUCAGUCACUGCGCACUAAAGUGAAGAUCGGAGUGGUGGGCGGGUCCGACUACUCCAAAAUCGCAGAGCAGCUGGGAGAAGGAGACGACGUUAUACACAAGUUUGACUACGUCUUUGCUGAAAAUGGCACAGUGCAAUACAAAGAUGGCCGACUGCUGUCCAAACAGGCGAUUCAGAACCAGCUCGGUGAAGAGCUGCUCCAGGAUCUAAUUAACUUCUGUCUCAGAUACAUGGGUCUGAUCAAACUCCCUAAGAAACGAGGCACCUUCAUCGAGUUUCGAAACGGCAUGCUGAACAUCUCGCCUAUCGGACGGAGCUGCACGCUGGAGGAGCGAAUCGAGUUUGCAGAGAUCGAUAAGAAAGAGAAGAUCAGGGAGAAGUUUGUUGCUGCUCUGCAGAAGGAGUUUGCAGGAAAAGGGCUCAGGUUCACCCGAGGAGGACUGAUCAGCUUUGACAUAUUCCCUGAGGGCUGGGAUAAGCGCUUGUGUCUGGAUGUUCUGGAGCAAGAGGGACUUGACACCAUCUACUUCUUUGGAAACGAAACAUCACUGGGUGGGAACGAUUACGAGAUCUUCGAGGAUCCUCGCACCAUCGGGUUUACUGUAUACUCGCCUAAGGAUACAGCAAGGCUCUGCCAAGAACUGUUCUUUAGCACACCACCCAAUGAAGCUUGACACACACACACACACACACACACACACACACACACACGGCCUAACAGAGUCCCUGCCCCCUCUGCUGUUCAGACUGGGUACUGCACUGAGCGCAGGGCUGUGUGGUGUUUAAGUGGACCACAGACUGAUGAUUUGGGUGAAAGCACCUCCAGGUACUACUGAUCCUGAUCACUCAUUAACCUGUAACUAUAUGGAUGGUUUUUAAUAACUGUCCUAAUGUGCCAGACUGUCCUAACGGUUUAUAUUCACUCUUCAGACUGAUCAAACUCCACAGGACUCUUUUACAUUCAUUUUUUUUAUAACGUUGUUGCAGAUGUGUAGAGCUUUAUCAUCUUUUGUUUCUACCACUUUUUGCUGCUUGUGGUUUUCUUUUUUUUAACUGCACCUUAACACUCGGUCCUUGCGCUCCGUAUUUUCCUGAAACUAAAGUACAGAACAUAUCGCCCCUUAGUGGGUAAGUGAAGAAUCUGCAGUUAGUCUGUUGAAGCCGGAUCUCUUGCGUGGUCUACCCAAGAGCCUUCAGUGCAGUACAGCUCCACUAAAUCCACCUUCCUGCAGGGAGGCUGGAUGGGAACACCUCAGCGGCAAGGAACGGUUCAGUUUAGUACCCUUUUUUUCCUGAGUGUACACACAAGUUACACCCUGAUUUUAGCCUUUUCUUCAAGGGUGAAGAUAAUCUGCAAUAUAAAAUUAUUUUAAGCUUUCUGUCUUGCUUUAGACUAACAGGAUGCCUCCUGCGAUCUUUACACACUGGAUUUUUAGAAGUGAAAACAUAGUGUGAGAUACAAUACAUGUCAGUGUGAUAGGAUGACCGAUUGACAGAACGCUAGAAGAAACAAGGAAAAUAAAGAAACGUGUAGACUAUAGAUGGUCUGUAGUCAUAGACGAGCUUCUUGAAACCAGAGAAAUGUCCAGGAAGAGGCUGGACAUUCCGCACCAUGUUUGUGUCCUGUGAUGACUGACAGCGUUGUACUGGUUUACCAGAGAAUCAGAAUUCUGAGGACUUGUAGACGGGAAAGAGAGAGGGCGGGACCUCAGAUAUUUGUCCGAUCAUGACUCCUUACAAUCAACGUAUGCUAAUUUUCAAAUCUGUUAGCGUGUCUCAAUCCUGAUUUAGGAUCAGAUUAGGAGCUAAACUGGUCCAGAAUCAAUACUAUGAAGUGCAAUCCAGUCUUAGGCCGAAUCCCAUUUCACCCCUUGGACCAACCCCUUGGCCCUUCCCCUCCAUUUUGCGCGUUCACGUGAAGGGGUAGGGGAAGGGGUAGGGCUUCUGUACCCCUCCAAACGGAGAUUUUCCUGGAGCUGACUCCGAACGAAGGGGUUUGAGUGAUUUCCCACAAUGCCAUGCGGAUUUCAGCGAGAUUUCAUGCGGAUUUCAGAAAGAUGGCGGUUCCCGCGGCGAAAGAUUGUCAAAUGUAUUUUCUCCAUUAUUUACGUGUUUUAAGUUGUUAUUCAGAGGAAACACGCCGCUUGAUUCGCUUUCGAGCUGAGAAUGAGCAGCGAUUUCUGAAAUCCAAGCUGCUGCUAAAAAGCUUUGGGAGUGAGUAUUGUUUUCGGUUGCUUGACUGUGUACGUUUUGUUCUGUUAUUCUCGCUUUUAUUGUUUACAUGAGUGUUCUGACACCUCAUUCUGUCGGAUGUGGUGCACGAAGCGCCAAAGAUAUCCCAUUCAGUGGUGUUAGUUAACAAAUCACACCCUGCCAGCAGAGAUUUCUGGUUUUGCCUCUGGCUCUGACUGUAGCGGCUGGUCGCAGCCAAUGACGCAUUUGGUCGCGUUUUGCUAACGUAAACGCUGACGGAGGUACGCGAUGACGUAUGCGAUUGUUGAAGGGCUAUCCCAAUAUGUAGGGGUUGAAGCCCUAUCCCUUGUAGCUCAGUUUCAAGGGGAAGGGCCAAGGGGUAGGGGUAGAAAUUAGAAUUGGGAUUGGGCCUUAGUUUUCGUUAACUAUGUUACCCCUGCUCCAAAGGUGUGUUAUCGUGGUGUGUUUUCAUUGGUAUUUUCAGUCAACAUCAACACUGUUUUCUUCAUGAAGGAUGAUGAAAUCAUGUCCCAGAACAUAAUUAGUUCCUGGUGGUGGACUUUGACUUCUGGAUCUUCAUUCGGUUUAAAUUGUGAGAUAUACUACAUGUCAGUGUGAUAGGAUGACUGGAAACAAUGAAGAAAUGUCUAGAGGACCACAGACACCAUGGACGAGCUUCUUGAAGGCAGAGGAACGUCCAGGGACAUCCUGCACCAUGUUUAUUUGUGUCUUGUGAUGACUGACAGCGUUGUACUGGUUUACCAGAGAAUCAGGAUUCUGAGGACUCAGAUAUAUUUGUCUGUUCAUGAUUCCUUAUAAACAAUGUAUGCUAAUUUUCUAAGUCUGUUAGCACUUUAAAUGAAAUUACUGUAAAUUGAGUUAAUAAUUCUCUUUACCGUUAAGUUUCACAUCACCGUAAUCACGGUGACUUUCAUACUGAGACGAGUCUUAUUUUAUCUGCACAACUGACCCAAAGCGUUACCCGUUCUCCCGGCCCAGGCUGUGUGACUGUAAAGCCUCAGUAAAAUGUAUUGUUUUAA